AGUUACUGUCUGUUUUCGGCAACGAAGUGCCACAUCAGUCGACAAUUUCACAUUGGUAUGGAGAAUUCAAACGUGGACGGGUGACAAAGAACUGUUAUUGCGGAUAGGUUUGCCAAAAGUCAUCACCGAGCUUCGAAAAAUCAACCUCGAAAGAAGAAUCAUCCUCCACCAAGACAAUGCAGGCUCAAAGCCCAAUAACAAGGCAGUAUUUAACAGGAGAAAACGUGCAAUUAUUGGACCAUCCUCCAUAUAGUCCCGAUCUAAGUCCUAACGAUUUCUUUACUUUCCCGAAAAUUAAAAUCAGACUGCGUGGUCAAAGGUUCCAGUCACCAGAAGAAGCAGUUGACACAUUCAGAAAUGCCGUUUUGGAUCUGCCAGCAAACGAGUGGAAUAAGUGCUUCGGAAAUUGGUUCGAGCGCAUGCAGAUGUGUAUUAAUCUUCGUGGAGAAUACUUCGAAAAACAGUAAAGUCAUUUAAAACCAGCUACCGUCUUGUUUUAUUUCCAUAUGCAAAACUUAAAAGACAUCCCUCG